UCAAUAAGCAGCUGACCACACUGACAGCAUCCAAGCAUUGUUGCAACAUCGUACAGUGGUUGCUCUUACGAGGUUUAUAUCACGAAGUUUUAAUUAAACAUUAAUUUCACUCUAAUCAAAGGAUGGACGAAGUAGAAAGCUUGCGACAGCGAAUUAAAGAACUCGAAGACCAGCUGCGUGAAAAGAAAGAUAAAGAUGCGACAACAACGAGAGAAAAAAUUGAACAUAUGUCAGCAGAGGUAGUGGAUUCCAAUCCGUACAGCCGAUUGAUGGCAUUGAAGCGCAUGGGUAUUGUUGAAAAUUAUGAAAAAAUACGAGAGUUUUCAGUAGCUAUUGUCGGAAUUGGCGGUGUUGGCAGUGUAACAGCAGAAAUGUUGACAAGAUGUGGCAUUGGAAAGCUGAUACUAUUUGAUUACGACAGUGUAGAACUUGCAAAUAUGAACAGGCUGUUUUUUCAACCACAUCAAGCAGGUCAGAGUAAAGUGGAAGCAGCAGCGAACACCUUAAGUUUCAUAAAUCCUGAUGUGGAAAUUGAAACACACAAUUACAAUAUCACAACUGUUGAUCAUUUUCAAGAUUUUAUGAAUACAAUAAGUACGUCUAGCUUAAGAAAUGGCCCCGUCGAUUUAGUAUUGAGUUGUGUUGAUAAUUUUGAAGCUCGCAUGGCAAUCAAUACUGCCUGUAACGAACUUAAUCAGAAAUGGUUUGAAAGUGGCGUUUCUGAAAAUGCAGUGUCUGGUCACAUACAAUUUAUUGUGCCUGGUGAAAUGGCCUGUUUUGCGUGUGCCCCACCGUUGAUUGUAGCAUCCAGUGUUGAUGAGAAAACCUUGAAACGGGAAGGCGUAUGCGCUGCAUCAUUACCCACUACUAUGGGUAUAGUGGCAGGCUUCUUAGUACAGAAUGCCUUGAAGUUCUUAUUACAAUUUGGACAAGUGUCUUAUUACUUAGGCUACAAUGCCAUGGAAGACUUUUUUCCUAAAAUGAUUUUAAGACCAAAUCCAAAUUGCGACGACACAAACUGUAGGCAAAGACAAAGAGAAUAUUUGGCAAAACCAAAAGUUCAACAAAAACCGACUGAAAUUAUUGAAGAAAAACCUGUACAUGAAGAUAAUGAGUGGGGAAUUUCAUUAGUUGAUGAACAAAGUGGACAACUAGAUAAAGAAUCAAGUGUAUUAUCAACUUCAGGUGUACGACGUGCAUAUACUAUACCCAAAACCGAUUCAGAGGAAGAACAAACCGUUCCUGAAUCAACAGGAUUAAGUUUAGAAGAAUUAAUGGCAGAAAUGAAAACAAUUUGAAAAUGAUUUUUGCAGUGUUCAAUUGUGAGCAGUGCACACAUUCCAUACUCAAUAAUUUCCAAUUUUUUAAAUAUUUGAUAUCACAGUGAAUUAUAUUUUAUUAUCAUAAAUUCUUUUUUCAGUAACAAUUCAGUAACAAUCCAAUAGUAUUACAUAACUCUAUCGUAAUUUAAUAAUGUGAGGAAAAGAAAUGAGGGAAAGAAUAAAUUAUGAAAAAUGUAUAAUACAGUAUUUGGAUGGUUUUUAAGAUUCUGUUAUAAUGAAUUGAACAAAAAUAUAUUGUUUAGAAAUA